UCUGAGAUGGCUAUUCCAUGGGGAGACUCCUCAAUGGGGAGAAGGCAACUGCUGCAGCUGAUUCUCCUCCACACAGCCUGGGAAAUGGGGAGCGGCCAGCUCCAUUACUCUGUGCCAGAGGAAUCCCAGCACGGCACCUUCGUGGGCCGCAUCGCCCAGGACCUGGGGCUGGAGGUGGGGGAGCUCUUCCCUCCAAUGUUCCGGAUGGAAUCCCAAGUUCAUGGGGACUAUUUCAAGGUAAAUGAGCAGAAUGGGAUUUUGUUUGUUAAUUCGCGGAUAGACAGGGAGGAGCUGUGUGGCAAAAGCCCAAUCUGCGCCAUUCAUCUGGAGGUGAUUGCAGAUAAACCCCUGAGGGUCUUCCAUGUGGAAGUGGAGAUUGCAGACAUAAAUGACAAUGCCCCUGUUUUCUCUGUUAGACAGCAGCAUUUAGCUAUCUUAGAAUCGAGAGUCCAAGGCUCCCAUUUUCCAAUAGAAGAAGCUUCUGAUGCAGACAUAGGUACCAAUGGUCAGGUGACCUACAAGCUGAGUCCCAAUGAGCAUUUCUCUGUGGAAGAGAUCAUGAAUGAUGAGCGCAGUAAGUCUCUGGUUCUGACAUUAAACAAACCACUGGAUCGUGAAGUAUCUCCACAGCAUCAGUUGUUACUUUCAGCCACAGACAGUGGACAGCCAGCACUCACUGGUACAGUCCUAUUGAUGAUUACUGCAGUGGAUGUCAAUGACAAUGCACCUGCAUUUAACCAGUCAGUUUACAAAAUUGAACUACUGGAAAACUCUGCAAUUGGAACACUAGUGAUUAAAUUAGAAGCAAGAGAUAUGGAUGACGGAAUUAAUAAGGAGAUUUCCUAUUCACUUGGCAACCUUGUUGCUCCCAAUAUAAAGGAAAGGUUUAGUAUAGAUCCUAAUAACGGUGAAGUUAGAGUGACAGGAAAUGUGGAUUUUGAAGAGAGUACAGCAUACGAUAUUCAGAUUGAAGCAAAAGAUAAAAGUAGUUACCCCUUGUCUGGACACUGCAAAGUUCUCAUUGAAGUUUUGGAUGUGAAUGACAAUCGUCCUGAGAUGUCACUGAAGUCACUGUCAGUGCCGGUGCCAGAGGACUCCCCACCAGGGACAGUGGUGGCCCUGAUCAGCAUCUCAGACAGGGACGCUGGGGCUAACGGUCAGGUCAGCUGCUCCGUUUGGCCCCCUCGGCUCCCCUUCAAGCUACAGUCCACCUUCAAGAAUUACUACUCUCUCGUGGUGGCUGAGCCCCUGGAUCGGGAGCGGGAAGCAGAAUACAAGCUGGUAGUGACAGCCCAGGACCAUGGGGCUCCAUCACUAUCAACCACUAGCAGCCUGGUGGUGCCCAUUGGCGAUGUGAAUGACAAUGCCCCUGCUUUUGCUCAACCCUCCUACACGGUCUUUGUGAAAGAGAACAACCCACCUGGUGCCCACAUCUUCACAGUGUCUGCCUCAGAUCCGGACGUAGGUGAGAAUGCCCUAGUCAGCUAUUGGCUGGAUGAGAAGCUCUGGCCCCUGUCGAGCUCCAUCUCAGUGCACUCAGAGAGCGGGAAGCUCUACGCCUUGCAGCCCUUGGACUAUGAGGAGCUGAAGCUGCUGGAGUUCCAAGUGAGGGCCAAGGAUGCUGGGCUACCCUCCUUGUGCGGCAAUGUGACGGUGCAAAUCUUUGUGGUGGAUGAGAAUGACAACGUGCCAGCAGUGACUGUACCAGGAGAGGAGGCCGCUACCCUGCUGGUGGUACCCAUGACAGCUGGGCAUGUGGUGGGCAAGAUCCGAGCCCUUGAUGCUGACUCAGGCUACAAUGCAUGGCUGCGCUAUGAGUUGCACGAGGGGACCAGUGGGCCUUGGCACGUGGGGCUCUACAGCGGUGAGAUCAGUACAACACGUGCCUUGGAUGAGGCGGAGAGCAGCAACAGCCAUAGUUUGCUGGUUCUGGUGAAGGACCAUGGCCAGCCAGCUCUUUCAGCCACAGCCACGCUGAGCAUUUCGCUGGUAGCAAGUGCCCAGGCCAUCCAGGCUGAUGCCCACCUCCCUGGAAUGGGAGGGAGUCCAAAGCCCCUGGUGGACAACAUCAACAUCUACCUCAUCGUAGCCAUCUGCUCAGUGUCCAGCUUGUUCCUGCUGGCCAUCAUUCUGUAUGUUGCCCUGCGAUGCCCCUGUCAGCCUAAGGAAGCAGUGAUGUAUGGUCCUGGCACGGCUACAUUAGUAUGUGCCAGUGAAGUGGGCAGCUGGUCAUACUCCCAGCGCCACAGUCGCAUCUUAGGGGGACUGGCAGGGGAGUCCAGUGCCAAAAACGACCUCAUGGUUUUCACCCCCAAUAUACCGGUUUUUGCAGAGACUGGGAAACAGCAGGAUCUACUUUGUGCAACGGUUAGUGAACCCAUGUUCAACUUGUAUCAUUUGUUCAAAAUAUUUGUACAGUAA